GCGCCAAAUCUCGCGAUAGUUUAGAGCGGAACACAUGGCUGCCUGGUGGAGUGUUUACAACUUCAUUACGAGUUGGUGAAUAAAUACGGUCGAAGCUUUUCUCAAGCCGGAUGCAAGUAGUUUAAGAAUCGACUGACCCAUGAGAGGAGAAACUCUGUUCAUUAAAGUCAAAGAAGAGGCCAGGCUGAUCACAACACACUCGAGGUAGCAGCAGUUAGCAACCGCUAAAGCUAGUAGAAGCCAGUGUUGCCAGAUUGGCAACACAAAUAAUCUAGCGACACUGGAGCGCUUGUGCUGGGAUGUCCCCGUCCUCCGUCCGCCUCAGACACCCUCACUGUCGUAAGAAGCGAGGCUACAGCACCUACUACCUCACCGUCGUCUGAUACGCGAAGAACUGACAGACUGCUUGGGUUGGGUCAUACAGACUGUUGGAAGAGUUUUGAAGAAGAAGAUGUCAGUAUCAGUCGAAGGAGGAGUUGGGAUUGAGAGCGGGCAGGACACAGAGGCGGACAGCGAACCCCCUCACAGUGCUCCGGUGGCACCCCCCGAAUGCGUGGGUGUGGAACAUGGGGAGUCCCUGGAGGAAGGGGGCUUUGUGUACGCCAAGCGUGCAAGGCUGACUGACGAAGAGCUGGUGUUUGUGGAUCCCGCAGACGGGCAAGCACCACUGGCUGUGGAGGAGGACCCAGUCCAACCAGCACCAGCCGACCCCCUCAGAGGGCAGGGAGACCAGGAGGAGAAGGAAGUGAGGGUUGGUGGACCAGAGGAGAAGGAGUGUCCCCACAAUGGAGUCGGCGUCCCUGAUGAGACGCCCCAACAGAAGGAGGAGCAGAGGGAGGAGGCUCCAGAGGGGAAGCCAGACGACAGUCCAACUGAAGUAGUACAGCAGCUGGCACUGGACUUCAGCCGAAGCCCCCAGUAUCUGACGGGCUCCUGCGCCGAGUACUCGCACUACCCUGAAAACUACCUCAAGGGCGUCAAAUGGGCCCCGGACGGCUCCUGCGUCCUGACCAACAGUGCGGACAACGUGCUGCGGCUCUACAACCUCCCGGCUGAGGUCUACAGCUACGACUGGGACCUGCUCACUGAGAUGAGUCCAGUGCUGAGGAUGCCGGAGGGCGACACCAUCUACGACUAUUGCUGGUACCCCAAGAUGAACUCCCUGGACCCCGAGUCCUGCCUUCUGGCCAGCAGUAGCCGCGACAACCCGGUGCACGUGUGGGACGCGUUCUACGGCGAGGUGCGGGCCAACUACCGACCCUACAACCACCUGGACGAGCUGUCGGCCGCCCACUCCCUCUGCUUCACGCCCGACGGCACGCGCCUCUACACCGGCUUCGACAAGAUGGUGCGCGUCUUCCACACGGACCGGCCCGGCCGCGACUGCGAGGAGAGGCCCACCUUAGUGAAGAAGCAGGGUCAGGGGGGCAUCAUCUCCUGCCUGGCGGUCAGCCCGUGCAUGGAGGUGUACGCCUGCGGCUCCUACUCCCGCACCGUGGGCCUCUACUCCUGCCAGGACGGCACGCCCCUCGCCAUGCUGCCCGAGCGCCACCGCGGGGGGGUCACCCACCUGCUCUUCUCCCCCGACGGGAACCACCUGUACACGGGCGGACGCAAGGACCCUGAGGUCCUGUGCUGGGACCUGAGGCAGGCGGACCGGGUGCUGUUCACCCUGCAGAGGAACGUGGACACCAACCAGCGCAUCUAUUUCGACAUGGACCGCUCUGGCGGGUACCUGCUGAGUGGUGACACAGAGGGGCUGGUGUCUGUGUGGGACACCCAGGCGGCUCCCCCUAGUGGCAGCGAGGAGCCACUCCACCCCCUGCUGCAGUUCCACGCCCACCGCGACUGCACCAAUGGCAUCAGUGUCCACCCCUUCAUGCCCUUGCUGGCCACCGCCAGUGGUCAGCGGCAGUUCUCCGGACCGGGGGACAGCAGCGGCAGCGAGGGAGACUCCGCCUCCGACGGCGAGGGGCGGGACAAGGGAGCGGCGUCAGCCGACGACCGACCGGACAACACCCUGAGCCUGUGGUGGGCCGGACCCCUAGGCCCCGCCCCCGAGGUGGAGGAGGGUGAGGGGGGGGCUGCGGGCCGAGUGCCCCAGCCCGACGCGUCGCCCAUGGAGGCCUAGGGACCCCGGGACCCCCGUCGCACCCCCAUCUCCAUGCGUCCCCUUCCCAGCUCGUCCCACGAUCACUAGGGGGUCUGUGGUUAGUAGGAUGAAGUAGUUGCUGUUGGAAUACAUGGAGAGAAUUUACGGAAUUUCAGAUCCCUGCUUUCUAUUUAUUUUUCUUUGUUCUGGGAGUCUCUCUCUCUCGCUCUCUCUCGCUCUCGCUCUGCCCUUCCCUUAUGCCUGAGCUGUUUUUGAAUCGGGGAGCUUUUCCCUUUUAAAGGCCUUGAGAAUAGAGAGAAUGUUUUUCCACCCCAACAUCUACCCUUUCACCAGCCCUCACCUGACUGCCUGCGUUGGACGGCUGACGACCAGAGCCACAGUCGGUCGUCCAUGCAGGCCGUUUCUGCGGCGGGGUGAACAUUGCCCGCCACAUGUCCCUUGUGACAGCUUGGACAAGCCCUCUCUAAGCCUCACUUCAACGACCUCAUUCGCUCCCGCGGCCAGCGGUUCCACUCAUUGUUUCUCUCGAGUCGUGCCGUCAAACCCGUAACGCUGAGAAUGUACUCGGACACCGAAAAAGUAUGUAAUUUUUUAUUAACUCCCACAGACCGGUUGUCAUGACAACCGAGGGGAAACACAGGGCGUAAUCUCCCUCAUUUCAAUGGAAUCUGGAUUUAAUGACCGAUAAUUACUCCUCUUGCCUACAUCAGUGACUUCAACACUCCCCACAGAGUCCUGACGAACAGGAAAUGCCAACUGAUACCAAGCUUAUGGUUUUCCUGGCUUUAAUGUGUUGAUGUUGUUUUUGUUUAUUAGUAUUGGGGGAGCUGUUGUUAGGGUGCCUGCAGUUGGCGGGCUAUAAAAAUAUAUUUUUAUAAAAGACAAGGCAGAAAUCAUGGACGCUUUGUAUCAAUUUGCUGUUCACAGCUUGUUUUCUUUGACCUAAUAGCAAUCUUUCAACAGAUGCUGUGUGUGUGUGUGUGUGUGUGUGUGUGUGUCUGUUUAAUAAAUCUUUGAUUG